AUGUACAGACUUACUAUACUUUUCAUAGCUGGGGCAUUCCUUGGACUGAUGUGUAAAAGUCAUCCUCAAGGUAAGAAAAAGUUAUCGAUUAUUCUGUUUACCGUGGCCGCUUUCGCCCCAGGACGCAAACGUUAUUUUCCCCUUCAUUUUCACUUACUCACAAAUCCACGUGCCAUGAAACUCAGUUCUAAAGUGGUAACAAAUGAAACUAUUUUAUGCAACUUCUAGAUGACCCAUGCAGCUUUUCUCGUUUAUGUAAGAAUGGCGGGAAAUGUUUCUACGAUGGUGAAGAUUACAGCUGUCAAUGCCUUGAAGGAUUUGUUGGAAAAAACUGUCAGUUCAGUAAGUUACCUUGCAACGUAGGGCUUAAGUAAUCAUCAUCAUCUUUGCUUUGUCAGUUACAAAUAUAUUUGCUGGUUUUUCAGAAUGCAUUGAUUCAAAACCUAAACAGUGUCGUUUGUGGGCGGCAAUGAACGAGUGCAAGAAAAAUCCGAAGUACAUGAAUUCAAACUGCACAAAAAGUUGCCUAUGCGGUGAGCGACUUUUAAUUUAAAUUCUAGCAUUUAAGCCACCUCUUUUCUCCUGCUUAUACUACUACAUGAGAAAUUUCUGCAAUUUGAUUGGUUUAGAGCAGUGGUAUUUCAGCUUAAUUUGAAAUACCUACAUGUGAAAAUUACAAACCUUUUGCGGGUAGUAGUAUAAACAAAUAAUAGCAUGACUUGUACGUGAAAUUUGGCAUAAAUGCCACUCGUGAUAUUUCAAAAUUGUCUCAAAUUUUACUCGCCUAACGGCUCGUGAAAUUACGAAUAACAAAUUUGAAAUAUCACUCGUGGUAUUUAUGCCAAAUAUCACUGCAAAUCAUGCUAUUACCUAUACUACUCUUCAUCUGAAAAAAGACUGCAUUUGUUGUCUCCUAAACAGGGGUGUAGCGUGAGAUUUUGAAGGAAUGCUCCCUCAGAAAGUUUUUAAAUUCAGGGUCUCGAAAAUGCCACUUCCAGCGUUUUCCACGGGACAUUUUCAGUAAUAAGUAAACGAAGGAAAAUGCAGCAGCAAGUUGUUUAUUUUACACAUCUCUGUCUAGUGUUAUAGAAUUAUAAUAACAGGAUAAAGGAAGACAACAAUAUAAUCCGAAAAUUUAUCGGUCAUCCCUAUUUAAUGGUAAAAAUAUGUCCUCAGAAAACGGGGGGCAUGAGCUUAUAUGGACACUACGCUCCUGCUAAAUAGACCCCUCCAACAAAACGCCUUAAAAUUAGUAUAGAUUCCAAUUAAAACUAGUAGAGAUCUUAAAAACUAACGAAGAUAAAUCUCCAUAAAGUCGCCGCAAUUUACAGACGUUCUGACUUAUGGCGGAGGAGACGUUUGUGCCCCCCUCCUCAUGUAAAAUUUCGCGAAUUUGUGGCAUGGAGCAAUACAUUCGCACGCUUUAAGCUUGGUCAGUCGGAGGUAAACAAAUCUUUGGACCUCCCGAUAUCUUCUUCAGUGGGUUAUUUUAAGAAGAUAAAUGCUUUUCUAGUUUGCACCAUGUGCUGUCAUGAAACUAUUCACGAUAAAUGGACUGGUGUUAAGAUAAAAGCGUGGUUGGGAAGUUAGAGUGAAUAUGGCUUAGAACGCGGUUUUGCUAAACACUGGCUAAAUUCCAUUUAUAAUAAAUAAUUUUUAAUAAGGUGCUCUUUCCAGCAGUGUAAAUGAAUAUUGGGUAUCUGUUCUUUAUCAAAACUUGAAAGGGAAUCUAUUAAGGAGCGACACUACCCUCAUUAAUUCAGAGAAAAAACUAUGAUUAAACAAAAUGUCUAAUAGCCCCUCAUGGCCGAACCACGUCAUUGUCAGGCGUCAAGCGGUCGAAAAGAGUCGUUAUCAAUAAAAAAGUGACUGAAUACUCGGUCAGGGAUGCAAACGAUAAAAUUAGUAUGCCAUCACGUUCAAACAAUGACAAAUAUGUUUUUAUCAUAUGACUUCUUGUUUUUUUUGUGUGUUCUUUAUUAGAAUGUAGCGACUACGAAGUUCGUCAAUGUCCUGAAUGGGCAAAGGAUGGAGGAUGUGAAAGGAAUAAAGAUUACAUGAAAGCUUUCUGCAGAAGAAGCUGUGGCCUUUGUUAA